GUGGAGCCGCAGCCCGGAGCAGCAGCCGCGGGAGCGGCGGGGCCUGGAGAGAGUCAGCGCCGCCCGGGCCGGGUCCCCCGCACCGGAGCCCGGGGAGACCCCGGGGACGAAGCCGCGGCCCGGCGGAAGGCGGCGAAGGCGCCGCGCAGCCCCGCGCAGGCCCGUGAGCCGCCGCGGCCUCCCGUGGUAGCCGAGCCCGGGCAGGAGGAGCUGGGGCCUGGGGGGAAGCCAGGGACAGCGGCCGGGGUGGGGGGACACCCCCGUAGCCUGCCGGGGUGGGGGAGAGAGCCUGCCCGCCGCCCCCCGCCCCGUCCGCAGCCCCGUUAGGCAGCCCCGCGCCCGGUGUGGGGACACCCCGGCGCCCCCCCCUGCCAGGCCCCUUCCCCGCAGCUGGUGAGGGAGCUUAACACUUGCCCCCUUCCCCACUAACCAGCCAAGGGUGUGCGCAGGCCCCCGGCAGCCAGCCCUAGUAACUAUCUGGAAGCAGGUCUGCUCUUUCUCGCUGUGGAACAGAGCUUUCUGGAGCUCCUUCGAUACUUGUUACAGGGAGACUUGUUCCUCAGACCCCAGUUCCUGAGGAUUGCGAGAAUAACCUUUACUGCCGACUCCCUCCUGCUGCUGAGAAAAGUCUUCGCUCAAGCAGAGCAGAUAGCCCUUCCCCAGAUCAGAAGCCCUUGGAAUAGCUGACAGCAACGGUCUGAGUAUGGGUCUCAGAGAAGGAGUGUGAAGGGCAGCACCCCAACAACCAGCACUGAAGAUAAUCCACCUCCCUCCAGAAAUCUUCCAGACAGAAUAUUCCUGCUUCCAGCAGCAUGGCCUCUGAUCUGGAAAGCAGCCUCACUUCCAUAGACUGGCUCCCACAGCUUACUUUAAGGGCUACUAUUGAAAAAUUAGGGGGUUCCUCACAAGCAGGACCUCCAGGGUCUGCCCGGAAGUGUCCCCCAGGCUCACCAACAGAUCCCAAUGCCACACUGAGUAAGGAUGAGGCAGCAGUGCACCAAGAUGGGAAGCCACGUUACAGCUAUGCCACUUUGAUCACGUAUGCCAUCAACUCAUCACCUGCCAAGAAGAUGACGCUUAGUGAGAUCUACCGUUGGAUCUGCGACAACUUUCCCUACUACAAAAAUGCUGGUAUUGGUUGGAAGAACUCUAUUCGUCAUAACCUCUCUCUGAAUAAAUGUUUUCGAAAGGUGCCUCGACCAAGAGAUGAUCCUGGGAAGGGCUCUUACUGGACAAUAGAUACAUGUCCAGAUAUAUCUCGCAAGAGGCGGCAUCCUCCAGAUGAUGACAUACCACAAGACUCCCCAGAGCAAGAGGCAAGUAAAAGCCCCCGAGGGGCUGUUCCAGUCAGCACAGAAGCCUCUUUGCCACCUGAGGCCACCCCUCAGAUGUCGAUCCAGAGCACCACCCCCAUUGCUAACUACAGUCAGCAGGGUGCAGGGCCUGUGGAUGUUGCCUCUACUGUAGCAGGGGGGCAGGGCCGUGAAGGGGCCGAUGUGCCACCUCCGCUGUACAGUGCCAACCAUGACUUCAAGUUCUCCUACUCCGAGAUCAACUUCCAGGACCUUAGCUGGUCCUUCCGAAAUCUCUACAAAUCCAUGCUGGAGAAAUCAUCUUCCUCUCAGCACGGUUUCUCUUCACUCCUUGGUGACAUGCAGCCCUCCAACCACAAUUACUACAUGUACCAGCAGCAGCAGCAGCAAGGCCCCUCCUCAGUGGGUGCUGCUCCCCCACUCCACACUCCAACCCCAGAGGGUUGCCCAUCCCAAGGAGGGAAGCAGCAGGGUGGUGAAGGUUAUGGCCCUCCGCCAGUGAUGUCCAUGCACCCGCCCCCGAUGCAGCAUGGAGGUUACCACCAGCAUCAACAGCAUCACCCACACUCCCACCCACAGCAGCAGCCACACCAGCAGCAGCAGCAGUCACAGGCUUCAAUCAACAACGCUGGCUUUGCGUUUCCCCCUGAUUGGUGCUCCAACAUUGAUUCCCUGAAGGAAAGCUUCAAGAUGGUAAACCGGCUGAACUGGUCUAGCAUUGAGCACUCCCAAUUCUCAGAGCUCAUGGAGAGUUUGCGCCAGGCUGAGCGGAAGAACUGGACGCUGGAUCAACACCAUAUUGCCAACCUCUGUGACUCCCUUAAUCACUUCCUUACCCAGACUGGUCAGCUCCCUCAUCUGGUUGGCCCACAGCAGCCCCCUCGAAUCUCUGAUUCUUGUGCCCUGAACAGUGGCAAACAGGAGCAAUCCAUGAACCAAGUGAACUCCUAUGGUCAGCCCCAGCCUCCCCAUCUCUUCUCCGGGCCAUCUCCUAUGUACCAGAUUUCUACCCAGGACUCUCCAGGAUAUAAUCGCCCAGCUCAUCAUCUGGUCCCUCGGCCUCCAGGGCCUCCUCCAGGCGCCAAUGAGGAAAUCCCCGAUGAUUUCGACUGGGACUUAAUCACCUAGCGAGUUACAGACUUGAUAGCCCGUCCUUUUUGAAGGACGUGGGAGGGGAGGGGGACAUGGGGUCAAUGGUGUCAGCACCACCCUCCCCAGCCUCCCUGCCUUGCCUGUAUAUAGAUAUAUAUUCUCUAUCUCCGCCAGAGAAGCCACCGCAAGAUGCUGCCGAAGAUAAUCCUUCCUUGCGUCCUGUUUUAUCUUCUUUUCUUCUUUUGUUUAUUAUUAUUAUUGUUAUUAUUAUUAUUACCAAUAAUUGAGCACAGCCCUCCCCCUCCUCCGGUGGCCUCAGACGCAUCGGAUCGGCUCUUUCGUGUUGCGCAGUGCCCUGUGGAGGGCGGGAAGAUGGGUCCUUGGUGCCAUGAAAAGACCUUGGAAGGCUGAAUCCUCGAGUGCAUCUUUCUCUGCCUCCGUUAUUUUGCGUUUAACAAUCCCUCUUUCCCUUCAAGGUGGCCGGUGAAUCUGUCGUAUUGGCUACUGGAGUGAGAGAGCCUAGUGGACCCUGGGAGCCUGUAGUUAUGUUGUUUCGUAAAUGUUGUAAAGGUCAGGGGGCUGAAGGGACACUGGAGGGGUGAUCUUAGCUCUGUGAACUUUGUUGCACCAGCAGGAACAGAAAGAAAAUAAGUGGUGUUCCCAAGUACAAAGAGAGGGUAAUCCCUGAGGUAGGGAGAGCUGAGCUGAGCUGGGAGGGCAGACCUGAGUUUGGAGAAAGGAGAAUGUAGCAGAUACGGUGUUUCAGCAGAGAAGUUGGGUUUCAGAAUGUGGUCCCAUCUGUGAAGACUGAGAGGUUUUGAGGGAAUCCUGACCCAUUUCCUACACUGCCUUUUGCAGUCUCUAGGUGAAGCCUACAUACCCAUCAGGUAAAAGAAGCAGUCAGGGGUGUCACAUGUGAUUCAGUAAAUUCUGUUCCCCAGAGCUUUUCAUUUCACCCCACACCCUUUCAAGCCCUUUUUCAAAAUAUGUAGUGAGGCUCUCCCUUUUAUAUGCAAAUUUGGAAGUUUUCUCUCAUCAGUAUUUGUCCAAUUGUUAUUUGAUCCUCCACCCCUCAUAUUUCUUUAGAGGCUGUCCUUGCCUGUGGCUGAGAGUGCCAGCAACAGGAGUCUGGCUGUGUAGGUGCACAUCCUCCGUCAGUGGUUCCCACUUGGUGAAUGGGCUUGUGGUGGGCAGAGUGGGGCUGAACUGGGGGGCUGCUGCCAAGGGCUGAACCCUCUGGUCAGGGACUGAGAGGGCCCUGCAAGCAGUUUUUGUAAGAGGGGCAUUAGGGGAGAGAGGGUGAAGCAGGGCAGGGUUUUGAACUGACCAACCAAAGAGUGUAGUAUGAAAGGGAGGAAGGUGUCUUGGACCCCUUGCAGUUCAGCUGGGGAGAUGAUGUAACCUAGUGUAAAUCCUGAAGGAUGAGCUUUGUCAGCAUGUGCAAAUCAGGAAGGUGGGAAAGAUGCAGGAAUGGGAGUGAGCAUUUAGGUGCUUUCUCCCCAAAGUUGUGGCCUGUGUUCCCCUUCUUUUCUCGUGUGGCUCCGUUCUGUCAAACCUCUUGUUUCUUCUUAAUAUUUUAUAAAGCCUCCCCCCAGCCCUUAUUCCCUGUUUACCAGUGAAGGGAACAAAUGUGGAAAUAGACUAUCAUGGCUUCUCGACAGACCUGGAGCACAGGAGUAAAGUAAACCUCUCUUCUGACUGCAGGAAGGUGGGGAACUAGCACUGCUUUUUAAAUUUGCUGUAGGGAUAAACCAAUUGGAAAUUGGAUUGUUGUCAGGGAAGCAGGGUCUCAUUACAUUGGAAGGGGGGAACAGCACUUUUCUUUUUUUUUUUUUUUUUCCUUUUUUUGGGAUUUUUUGUUGGUUUUUUUUUUGUUUUGGAUUUUUUUUGUUUUGUUUAAGUGUGAGUUUGGGGGGGGAGUUCGUCAUUGAGCAUUUCCAAGAGAAAUGAGGAAUCCCAGACAGCUUCAACAUGGAGUCAGCUGUUAUCUCUGCUGCCUCAGGAUGGGAAUGAUACAGCUUUGGAAGCAUGUGUGAUAGGUUUCUGUGGAAAGUGGCACCGGCGACAAUGAGAGAACUUAUGGCAGGUGCCAGUUAGUGUUUUGCAGUGGACAUUACUGAGAGCCGGCCCUGUGGAAGUCUGAAAACACCACCGGAAGCAAACCAAACCAAGAUGGCUCCUUCUGCGUAUCCAAGUGCUCCUCAUUUGCAUAUUUGCCUCAUUUGCGUAUUAAGUUGUGCCUCAUUUGCAUAUGUAAAUACAUGCCGGUCAGUGUGCAAAUUAGCCUCGUUCCUCUGCCCCUGAAAUCAAUGUGUGUCGUUAGUGCGUGGUAAGACAUCGAUGGGUGGGUGUGGAGCUCUGUGGGUGCGCUGGCAGCGGCCUGCAGGCAGGGCAGGGGGGCCAGCCUGGCCCACAGAGGGGUCGUGCAGGCCCCUCCAGCCCAAUGUGGCCCCCAGUGCUUUGUGUCAGUGGUCAGGGAGAGAGGGGCGUGGUCUCACGAGUUUAUUUUUGUGCAUGCUUUCUUAAUAAAAAGAAAAAGUGAAUGUUUAUGGUUUAACUGUUUU